AUGGCGUCCUCCGGAGGUACUACGGCCACGGCAGCGGUAGGCGGCAGUCUUCCGGCCUUACUCCUGGCGAACGGUUCCCUCGGUGGUGGCGGAAAAGGCAUUGGCAAACCGGACAUUAAACCGAUCAUCACUGGCGGGCUCGCCGGUGGCAGUGGUUCCGGUACCCCGAGCAAAGUGCUACUCGGUGGCGAUAAACACGAAACAUGGCAGAUGGAGUUGCUGAUGGAGCGACUCCGGACGAAGGCGAAAUCGGCACAAUACAAAUCGUUUCCGGAGAUGUCGAAAUCCGUCCGGAUGUCGCUCUUGGAAAAACGGUACGCACUCGAUGCGGUAGAAAAAUCGAACCUACAGAAAACGCUCGACAGCAUGCAGUAUUGUAUCAAAGUGACCACCCGGCAGGGGCUGGUCGAGCGCCUCGACUGUCUGACCCGUCAACUGGGGCUCAAGCUGAGCGAAGACACGUCCGGGUUGUUCAUCUCGUCGGAUAUGUUCUACCUCGAGAUCCUCCUCGACCCGGCCGGCACGGUGCAGGACGUGAAGGUGCACCACGAGUGCAAAAUGAAGCAGCAAAGCUGCAGCGAGCUGGUUGCCUGCCUGCAGCGGGGCGACUUUGCCGACUUUACUACCCAGCUCGAGGGACUUGCCUCCAUCUAUCAGCUGAACGCGGAGAAGAAGAUCAAGGUGAACGCGUUCGUGGCCCUGCAAGCACUCGAAACGGAUCUGCACACGCUGUACACGCUCUCGAUGCAGCGCUACCCGGAGGUGCGCUCGCUGCUGCUGCAGUCGCCCCUGGGUGUGGUGCAGAAACGGCGCGGCGGCCAUCCGAUGCGCCUCACGUACUUUGUGGCUCCGUACGAGUUGCUAGAUCUUGGGACGCGCACGAUGAAUGGCCUUACGGCGGAACUGAUUGCCCGUGACAAGAUCGGCUGCAGUGUGACCGUCGUGCUAGAAGCGUCCAGUGCCAACAAGUUGCAGAUCCAACCGCUGCUAGUGGUAGGACCCGGUGGCGGCGGAUUGCAAAGCCCAUCGACCACCUACAGCGCGAUCGAAAAACAUAACUCUACCUCACUGCCGGCCACGUUCGUGCUGCGUCUCAGUAAGCCGAUGCCCGUGGACGGGGCGAUGAUGACCGCGAUUCGUGCCGUCGUUGGACGUGAAGACCGUCCUCCGGACGGUGAUUCGGUAGCCAACGGCGGCAUCAGCAGCAGCAGUACUUCAACGUUGAUGGCCUUGAUCGCGCAGCACGCAUCCGGUGGUGCCGUGACCGAUCUGUCACGUGGUCUCCCGGUGGUUCUGCCCGACCAGUCUCACUGUUACUAUCUCACCGACAAUCCUGCCUUACGAGGGGUGAUGGUAGGAAGCAUCCCAUUCACCGAACCACAGCACGUCCCGAAGCUGCUCGUCUAUCUGCGCCGAGCGGCCGUCUUCAAUCAGCUUCUUGCCAGCUGCAUCCGCACGACUCCGGGCGGUUCAGGAACUGUGGAGUCUACCACCGUCGGUGCGUUGGUGUUCGAAGUGACGGCACUCUCGUGCGACUACAUCACCGUGUCGGUAAUGCACCCGUUCGAUGAUUCGCUGGCGACGGUCGAGUUUGAUCUGCAGAAUAUUGCCGCGAUCGCGGUCCGCGUGUACUGUGGCGGCGGACUGGAGGAAGCGGAAAGUGAUGAACAGCAGCAACAGACGUCUACCCACAUUUCGGCCGUCCUACAGCGUUGUAUGUCGAUUCCGGUUACGCUGCGAGCGCUCGUCCGUCAUUGGGAGGAGCGUAAUGAGCAAAAGUUCAAAAUCAAGCCGAGCGUGGGACCGGGUGGCGGUUCCGGACAGUCUGCCACCGGUGGUCCUUCUUCCUCCGGUGGACCCGAAUCCGGCGGUGGCGGAGGAUCAACAGCAUCGGACGAGAGCAACGGAUUUCCAAGCCUUUCACUAGGUCCACCAUCGGUGGAGAGUGCAAGCAACGGUACGACGGCAGCAAACGGAAUGAAUGGUACAUCGAACGGCACGAUCGGUCUGUCCCUUCACCAGCAGCAACGACCCUCCGCGGCCAUGAUGGUAAAUGGCGCCUCGAAUGGAUUCGGUGCCGGGUCUUGCCUCCCCAGCGGUGCAAUGGACGGGUUUUGUGACAUGCUGGCAGCGGUCCGAAAUGGUCGCCCUGGUGGACCGCGAGAACCUCCGGAAAUGUUGGCCGGGGCUAUGGCGAAGAAACGACGAAUGAACGAGGAUUUUUGUAAGAGCCCAAAGAGCGAUAGCAACCGUGACGAUGGUGCUGGAAUUGGUGAUGAUGGUGGCGAGGUCACGGCCACCUCGUCGUCCAUCAAUGCGACCACCGGCAGCCAACUAGGCAGCAUUGAUGAGCAGCAGCGACCAGCACGGUACGGCGGAACGGAGGAGGACGCCGGCCGGCAGGCGGUCCCGCUGCUGCUACACGACGAAUCGGCCAAUGCGAACGGGGUCGAUUCGGGCAGCUCUUUGGGUGAACGAACAAACGAACCUCAACCGUCAAAAAACAUCAACAACAACAGUGAUCCUCCUCCGAGCGCCGGCACCCUGUCCUCUAGCUUCUCUUCCGGCCUCUCCAAUCUGGACGAUGAGAAGGGUCGCCGUUCAGCAGGCACGCUCCUGCUUGAAAGUCUCGACUUUUCCAGCCUCGACCCGACGGCCGCGGCUGCCAGCGCUGACCAGCUACUCCUGGGGUUGCGUGGCACUGCUGCCGAUGGCCGUCGAGGAAAGAGGAAACGGAGCACCAGCAGCACGAGUAGCAGCUCGUCGAGUAGCAGCAGUACCUCGAGUUCCAGCAGUUCGAGUAGUUCUUCGGAUGUGGAAGAAACGGUCGAUUUGGUCGAGGCCGAAAUGAGUAGUUUUUUUGCCGAAGGAACAACAACCACGGCCACCACUACACCGGUGGCAGUCACUAGUGGUGGGUUGCCCAAACAUGCCACGGGUCCUUCCGGUAAACCCGUCUCUUCCGUCGGUCUGGUUAGUCUGCCAACGGCCGGAAAAGUGGUUUCACCUUCUUCGCAAGCUGUCGACAGUGGCGGCGAAAAACGAGCCGCCCUUGGGACAACAGAUGGACUGGAGAUGCUUAUGCCGCUCGGCACGGCGGCCUCCCCGCUGACGAUCACACCGAUACCGGGAACGUCGUCAACUGGCAGCUCAUCAACGUCAUCGUCAUCUUCGGUCAAAAAACCCUCGGCCUCCACCGCCGGCCAUCGGAAGAGUGGCGACUUGGAGCACGGCGGUAACACUGACGGCAGCAAAAAGCCGGAUAAGAAAAAGAAACGCAAGGCGGACGAUACGGCGGGGUUAGCGAUGGGGCCACCGAAUAAGAUACCGUUUAAGAGUGGAGAGUCGUCGCCUAGCCAUCGAGGUAACGGGGGCGGCGGUGGAGGGGGGUCGAAUAAAUCCAGCCCGAAGCACUCCUCCAGUCCCGUCCACCACAGCAGCCCCAAGCACGGUGGCAGCAACAGUUUGGGGUUUAACAGUCCCAAGCAUGGCACGUCGUCCCCGAAACAUCAACCCACCGGUGGGAUCGGUAGUGGCAGUCUGGGGGCCGUUGGUGGUGGCGGCGGUAAACCGAGCAUGUCGGCCCUCAAAUCGGCCGCCGCCACCGGAAGCUCACCGGGUUCGAAAUCGUCGUCCAGUGGUGAUCCGAUUGCUUCGAGUCUCGCGGGCGCUGCUUCCAGUAGUUCAUCCAAGGAACGGGAAAAGAAAGCAACGGCAGCCCUUCAGUUUUCUUCCCUGGCUACCUCUUCGUCGUUUGGGUCCACCACCGGCACCACCACAGCUGGUGGGAAUUCCGGGCGAUCGAAGAGUGCCGCGUUGAAGCAGUUGAAGCAACUCGAUCUUUCGAUCUCGAUGGCCAGCCCCGGGGCAGACGGCAUUCUGGGUGGUGGUUCGCCGGCCACAACUCCGACCAUCGAUCUCACCGGAAGUCCUACGAAUGCACCCGGCGGAGGGUUGGCCGCCAGUCUCGGGCUCGGGACGGGAUCGAUUGCAGCGGCCAGUAUGCUGCAAGCAAUACAGGCGGCCAAACAUCGUAGCAAACUGUUUCAACAACAACAGCAACAGCAGCAGCAGCAACACGGUGGUGGCACGUUGAGUGCCGUGAUCGACAAGCUAAAGUCGGCCCAGUCCACCGACGACGACGGAGCGGCCGUGCUCGUGCUGCCCGAGAUGACCAUUACACAGCAGACGCAACCAACGUCAUCACUGGCGGGUGGCAUCGGCGGAGGUGGCACUGGCACCGGUGGAAGCACGAGCGUCAAUAUUGGAAGUUUCGGAGCGCUCAGUGGUCCCGGCGGUGGAGCAAUCACAUUGAAGGACGCCUCGAAGGCAAGUGGAUUCCUCUCGGCGUCGUCCUCGUCAUCGUCGGCCUCCCUUACCAACUGUGCCUCUCUUGGGAUUAGUUCUGCCUCACAAUCAACUUCCAUGACCCACGGCGGCGCAUCGCUGGCGUCCGCUGGGCAGUCGGCGGGAAAAGCGUCCUCCGAGUACAUGGUGAAGCCGAGCUCGGACGGCAUCAAGCUGACGAUCCAGAACAAGAAGGGCUCGAAAAGUUCCAGCUCGGGUGGUUCCAGCAAAAGUGGCGGCACCAGUGGUGGCAGCAGCGGCGGUAGCAGUAAAUCCGGACUCAAGCCCGGCGUUUCCAGUGGCCCAAUUUCGUCGAAACAGCAGCAGCAAUCGUUGCAGAACCACAGCACUACCUCCUUCAGCGGGGCCUUCUCGGCUUCCACGAAAGGCGGACACGGCAGUAGCCCUCACUACGCCAGUUCUUCGUCGAAGGCACCGUUUCAGAAGUCCAACUCUUUCGGUUCGCUCAGUGGCUCUUCCGGUGCGCUGAAGGCCUCGUCGAAGGUUAGCUCCCCAAAGUCGUCCUCCAACCCGGGCAACUCUUCAUCGUCGUACUCAUCCACGGGAAAAGAGAAAACCUCCGUCGGUCGGCUGGGCUCGAGCAAAUCCUCGACCGCCCUCGCUUCCUCGCUCGGAUCGCUCGCUGCGUCCGCCGGCCACGGUGCUACCCCCGGUGCGCUGGUGAACCCGAUAUCAAUCAUGAAAAUGCUCGGUUACCAAACGAGCGGCACCGGUUCGAUGGGCAGUCUCGAUGGGUUCGCCAAAUCACUCGACACCAAGUUCCAGAUCCCGAAGCUGUCCGCCCGAGCAAACGCCACACAGUCCGAUGGAGCAAACGAUGAGCGAGGGGGCGUGAAGGGAACGAAGGACACGGUGCCGUCGUCCGGAAACCGGCAGAAGCAGAAGCAGCAACCAACGCUGGUACCUUCUCCGGGUAGCGCUGGUACUGUCGGUGGUCCGUUGCGGCACUUUUCGCCCUCACCUUCCGGUGGCAGUAACGACGGCGGAAAUGGUUGCCAACCUCUCGGUUCAAGCGUGGCGAGCGCCCGGUUACUGUCCGAUUUACUGGGCGCAUCAAAAGCGCCCGCAAAAUCUGGCACCGCCGAUGGCGGUGGCGGCAGCGGCAAUGGGUCUCCGCUCCAUCCCCUACUGCCAAACAUUGUACAGAAAAUGUUUGGUAAUGACACGACGGGAAGCAAUACCAUCGGUAACAGCGUGCUAACGAACGCUGGCAGCGGGCCGCUCUGCUCGAUGAGCCACAAAUCGAACAGCUCCGACGGAAGCAUGUUCCCGGCCGACCGUGCUUCGCCCGGAAUGCUGGCCGGUGUACGUUCGGGGUCGGCACCGGGUACCCCCACGACCGCGACGGCGCCCGGCUCGAUGGUGGUGCUACCGCCAUUUCCAUCGCCCGUCUCGGGGGGUGGAUCGAACGAUGGAACCGGUGAUCUGCUUGGUACCCUGAUGCGGCCACCUUCGCGCCCCAGCAGCACCAUCUCGAACCACUCGCACUCAUCGCAGGACGGUGGCGGCGCGGCUGACGGUAUCCCCACGGGAAUGAUGAUGAUCGGCCCGGGAGGAGGUCACUCGCCGGUGGCAAGCAUCUCGCUCGAUGGUGCCAGCACCACCCAGCAGCUGAUGGCCGCCCUGAAAAGUGGCGUUGGGGCUGUGAAUCACCUGAAUCAUCUCUCGAAUCACCACCACGCAAACCAUGCGUUUGGUGUGGCCACCAGCGGCGGUGGUAGUGGUGGUGGGAGCGGCGGGACAUCGCCGGCUCUGAAAAGUCAUCCCUCUCCCGCAUCCGUAUCCGUGCACAUAAAGUCCCCGGCACCGUCACCGUUACCACCGUUUGCGUCACCCCACUCAAACUCCUCCGCGGCGCUCCCCGGUGGAGGUGGUGGCGGGGGCGGCGGCGUUGGCAUCGAUGAUGACCUCAUGGACGAGGCACUGAUCGGCAUCGGCAGCAAAUGACAGACAGACAGCACCGUGCGAGGAUCGCAACGUGGAUGAUUGCUUGAAACGGCGCCGGUGGUCACUGCGGUGUCUUAGGCCCGAGGUAGGAGGGCAACCCUGUAGUUAACCUGGUAUUCAACAUGACACACACACCAACACGCACACACGCUAAUGUGUGAUCCAAUGAUCGUGUGCGACAAAUUAACGGUUUCGUACAUCCCUUCCCGAACACGGAGACCAAAAUGCAGUACAGUUGAUAGUGGAACUUCCGGCGUGGCGCGUCACGGCAUAGCGGCAGCGCGAAGGUCUCGAUCAUUCACCGAAACCCCCAAACUGGUUCGAUGUGGCGGAACGAGAUAUUUGUAAAUAUAUCCCGUAAAAGGGACGCUGAACAGCCCUUAAGGCCUCCCGUCCCCCAGAAUCGCGGCUGCAGAUCAUUAUUAUUAUUUUUUUAUUUCUUUACUGUUUCCACGAAAUACAUACGUUAAGAGCGGAACUGUGGAAACGUGUUCCGCUUUGGUUUGAAUCAUUUCUUUGCUCGCUGUUUUCUUGCCCUUAUCCAAUUGGGUUCGUGCGUUUGUUUAGUGCGAGGGCUUAAGAAAAGACUUCCCGCUACUGUGGUCGCUGCUGGUCUGUCCAGUGGUUCGUGCCGAAUGCUAAAGAACCUCCGUUGCUGCCGUGCGCCGCGUGCCGUUUGUUUGUUGGAGUGGCCGAAAAGUAGGACAUAGUUUUUAGUACCGAUAGUGCGUGAACAGUUUAGGCAA